GUCCUCGUCACCAAAUCCCAUCAUCACAAUCGAUCUGAGCCUCCCUCCAUUACCAAUCUUUCAACGCCAUUCCUUCAAGCAUCAUCAUCGCCCCGCCUAUAAACCUCUCGCGAACCAGGAACCGAUUGGAGUAGGACGGGCAACAAGGAGAACCGUGGAGGCUUUCUUGGUCGCUCGCUGCCCGUCCGUAUGUCCAUGUCGAGCCCGGUGCACGCCCGGAAGGCCCUCCACCUAGUCGCCAUGAAGGCCAAGCUGCAGAGCUUCCUCGGCCUCCGCCUCCUCGUCGUGGCCGCCCUCGCCGCCUUCCUCCUCCUCUUCUCCGCGCGCACGCUCUUCUCCUCCUCCUCCUCCCCCGGCUCUGCCGCCUCCUCGCACCUGCACCUUAGCGGCGACGGGUCGUGCUCCAAGCUGCCGGCGCCGGUGGCCGACGCGCUGGUGCACUACGCGACGUCCAACUCGACGCCGCAGCAGACGGCGGCGGAGAUCGGGGUGUCGCUGCGCGUCCUGCAGCGCCGCUCGCCCUGCAACUUCCUGGUGUUCGGGCUGGGCCUCGACAGCCCCAUGUGGGCGGCGCUCAACCACGGCGGCCGCACCGUGUUCCUCGAGGAGGACGCGUCCUGGAUCGCCUCCGUCCGCGCCAAGCACCCGGGCCUCGAGUCCUACCACGUCGUCUACGACACCCGCCUCACCGAGGCCGACGACCUCAUCGCGCUCCGGGACCACCCGGGCUGCACCGCGCAGCCGGACCUCGCCGCCGCCGCCGAGGCCUCCUGCCGGCUGGCGCUGCGCGGCCUCCCCGCCGCGUUCCACGAGGUGGAGUGGGACCUCGUCAUGGUGGACGCGCCCACGGGGUGGGUGCCCGAGGCGCCCGGGAGGAUGGGUGCCAUCUACACCGCCGGCAUGGUGGCGCGCGCGCGGCGGCCCGGCGACGGCGCCACCGACGUGUUCGUGCACGACGUGGACCGGACGGUGGAGGACAGGUUCUCCAAGGCGUUCCUCUGCGAAGCGUACCUCGCCGAGCAGGUCGGCAGGAUCAGGCACUUCGUCAUCCCCAGCCACAGGGAGAAGCCCGGCACGCCCUUCUGCCCUCUCAGUUAAUUUUUUUUAUUAUCGUCCAGUGUACUAGCAUGACUAGCUGCACUUACCUUGAUCAAGCAUACCUCAAGACACAGCAUAUAUAGACUGAAGCCCAGUUCAUACAUACACCAUUAUAUUGGAGGUAAUUAUGUUGCACUUGAUCCGGUCCGUCGGAUCGAGAAACGAUCGGUUCAUGAUCGCAUAGUCCAGAGAUCAAGAGUGGAACCUGUGUCAGGCAAACAAUAUGUUGUAAUUAUCCAUUAUCUUCAUUAAAGUUGUACUCCAUUUUUGCAAGAUAUUUUCUUUUUUUC